UGGGAAUUGUAGUCCCAAAACAUCUGGAGGGCUGAGUUGGGGAUGCCUGAUAUAGAAGGUCCCAGUUUAGUUCUCAGUAUCUCCAGGCAUGGCUGGGAGACACCUUUGUCUGAAACCGUGGAGAGCCACUACCAGUCAGAGAAGAAAAUAGUGAGCUAGAUGGCUCAAUAGUUUGACUCAGUAUAAGGCAGGUUCCUAUUUUCCAAGACCCAGCCACCAUGGCUAAUAUUCAGGGGUAGUGGGAGUCCAACAAUACCUGGAAGACCGCAGGUUCCUCACCCUUGCUUUAAACCCAAACCUCAUUACUAGUUAGUUCUUAAGGUCUGCACCAAUCAUGUAUAAAGUGGAGAGUUUGUUUUGAAGAACAAAAGGAGCCAAAAGGAGUGAAGAGUGAGGUGCAAUCUCGUAACUGCUACUUAACUCUCUGCAGCCCCUCAUCCUAGGCACCUUUUUCAGCUACACUCUUCUUGUACUGUUGGGGAACAGGCUGUAGAGAGGUAAGCCAGACCUACGAGUUCUAGCCUAUCCCUCUGCACCAGGGGUCAGCCGUGGGCCGGUCCACCAUCCCUCAGACCAUGUGGUGGGCCCGACUAUAUUUUGGGGGGAGAAAUGAACAAAUUCCUAUGCCCCACAAAUGAGAGAUGCAUUUUAAAUAAAAGCACACAUUCUACUCAUGUAAAAAGACGCUGAUUCCCAGACUGUCCAGGGGCCGGAUUGAGAAGGCGAUUGGGCCGCAUCCGGCCCACGAGCCUUAGGUUGCCUACCCCUGCUCUGCACCAUAUACUCCUUUAUACACAAAACUGUUACUGUCAUGCAGGAUUUGAACUUUAGUGCCUAUUAAUGGUUAAAUAUUUAUAUAAGAAAUAUAUAACCUGGAAAAGAACAGUGAAAGUUCAGAAGCGUUUAUCUACUUGUAAUAAACCCCUUGAGUUAAAAAAGGAUAAGUAGGCUCUGUGAAAGUAAAGUGCAACAGAAAAUUAGUUAAGGAAAACUUGACCUGAAUAGCAGGUAUGUCUUUUGUUUCUUAAGAAUUGCUAUCACCCUUGCAUGAACCCGAGGGGGGAAGCUCUCUCUUUUAAGCUAACAGUUAAUGGGCUAUGAGCAGUGGUUAUUUUGUGCCCUUGGCAAGGCUUACUACUUGCACCCCACCCCCACCCCAAAUGCUAACUUCAAUUUUCAAAAACAGAUGUAUUGUAGAAAAAAUGAAAAGCACAAAACUUGAAACUGCUAUAUUUAUUUUAAAUUGCAAGAAUGAGUAAUAACAACAACCUUUGAUUAUCUUUCUCAAAUACAAAAGAAAGUGUUUUAGCAGACAAAUCAUUGUGAAUAACCUUGUGAAUUGCGGCAUUAAAAGUUAAGUCUCUUUAAAGUUUCAGUUUCAAGUACAUCAGAAUCUCACUUUGCUUGACUUUUCCUUUGCAGAUUUUGUCAUCAGUUCCUUCAGGUCAGGUGCUGAUGCCUGGGCAUGUUCAAUUAAUAUAAGUUUGAGCUUUGAGAAGCAGUGUACAGUAGUACCUCGGUUUAAGAACAGUACAGUUUACGAAGAUUCGGUUUACAAACUCCACAAAACCGGAAGUCGUGUUCUGGUUUGCUAACUUUACCGCGGUUUUCAAACGGAAACCAAAUGGUGGAAGGGCACCGGCGGCGGGAGGCCUCAUUAGGGAAAGUGCGCAUCGGUUUAAGUACAGAUUCGGUUUAAGAACAGACUUCAGGAACGGAUUAAGUUCAUAAACUGAGGUACCACUGUACAACAUUUGCCACUGACACUGGAAGUGUGAGAAGGAUCAAUGAUUUUUCCAAAUUCUUGCAGGCCUUAAGUAGAUCUUCAGUAGAUUUUUUUUGGUUGAUAUUGUAUAUAUCAUAUAAGAAACCAAAUAGAGAAUUAUUUUGUUGAAGCUGUAAGAAUCUCUGUAAGAAUACAAUAGAUUGUAUGCUAUGUCAAUUUCAACACCUUUAUUGGCAUAUAUAUAAAAUAUAAAAACAAAGACAAAACAUACAACACAUAUAGGUCAUUAUUAGUAUAAAUAGUGACUCUACAUCAUACAGAAAUAAUGGAGAGCAGGAGGAGGGAAAGGCACACAAGGGAUCCUCAGCUAUCGUUGUUGAAGGCUAGGUGUAUUGAUUUUAAUUACAUAAAUUCUGGACAAGUAGUGGGCCAUAAUUCUGGUAAUUUCGGGGAAGUCAUCCCUCAACAAGAGCUGGACCACUGUUUCCUUGUUGGGGAGGGUUCCAGGUCUCGUAAAGGAUAGAGGGGGGCCAAAAUCGAAAAAAUUGGAAAGGGGACAGUCCAGAAUCAUGUGAGCCAUAGAGUCUACCUCUUUCUGGCCACAAGGGCGUAAUCUAUUCCAGUAAGGGAUGCCUUUGAGUCUUCCGGAUAACACGGAGGAUGGGAAAGCAUUUAGGCGGGCCAACAUAAAUACUCUGCGAUAAAAAGGAGAUACCAGGUCAUAUAAAUAAUUAGGUAUCAAUCCUUGGUGCGGCGGCAGCCCCAGGAAGGAAGGCGAGCAUACUAGAGGUUGGGCAGGAUGAAGUUUCUGGAAUUCGAUAUCAAGCAGUCUCUGCUUAAUAAGAGUAAAGAUAUAUGAGUCCUCAUAUGUCAGGAGGGAGUCCACUGGAAGGCCUAGUUGCCUAAGUUUGUUGGAAAUAUUAGAAAACCAUAUAAAGCUGUGGCUGUCUUUCAGAAGAUAGGAUAUCAGGCUAUCUGGAUCGGUAUUAAAAUGAUUUUUUAGCCAAUAUUUAAGAGUAAUAAUCCAACCUCGUCUCAAGAAGGUGUUGGCCCAAUUCUGCACAGAUAGCCAGGUAUGGCACACAUUUUGGUACUCCAAGAAUUUGCCGAAAGAAGGAUGAUUGGACUCCUUCUACUUUGUUGUUAAAGCUGGAUAUCCAUAAGGGGAUCCCGUAUAGAAGCUGGGAGGCAGAUUUUGCCUUAUAGGCAAUAAUUGCUGCAGGUACAAAUUGAUUCCCACCAAGAAAGUGAAAACGCUUGAUUUGUGUAACCGAGCAUCUUGCUAAAUUAAUUGUUCUAUUGCGAUGGGUCGCCCAUUUUAAGUUAUAGUGAAAGAUGACACCCAAGUAUUUAUAUCAUUUAACUUGCUCCAUUUUUUGGGUUCCAAUCAACCAGUUGAAUUGACAGUAUGCUGUCUAUAGCUGGGCGAUAUUUUGAUAAAUUGUCUGAAACCAGUAUGAUGUUCAGAUUGUGAUACACGUUUCAGACUUUUUGAGCUGGCAAUACAUCGCGGCUGGCUUCCCAGCUGCCCACAGCACAGCACACCUCACUCCCAUCCGACUGCCUACCUGUGCUGUGCUGGCGGCAGCUGGGGAGCUGCAAUGUAUUGCCAGCUCAAAUUGCUUGCAGAUAGCAAAGGCGCAGGCAGACAGAGCCUGAGAAGGUGCUCGUCCGGAACCUUCUCUGGCUCAGUUUGCCUGCCUGCCUGCCUCCACCACCUCCUCUGCCCAGGUGGACUGCCUCUUUCUCCUGGUCAGUCACUCCUGGAGCGACCAUUGCUGCCCUUGGGCUUAUUCACCAGCAUCUCUGCAUGCUCCCUCUUGUGCCCCCCCCCCCACAGCAGGACAUUCUGACUAUGCAAUAAGAGGAAAUCCCAGAAGUGUCGGGUAUUUAAUCAUGUGGAAGAGAAGCAUUGUGUAUUGCAGGGACAGUCAGAGUACAGUUUGAGAGCUAUACAAUAAGAAUAUUUAUAGGGAGCUAGUUAUUUUGGGGGGGGAUGUGUAGCUGUUUUGUAUAUUUUAGAUCUUAUGAUUUAUGUGGAAAUACUUCAGUUUGGUUGUGUGUGUUUUAAUGUUUUAUUUAUUGUUUAUGACUACUUUUGUUAUGCUGCAAAGUGUAUUUUUUCAUGUUGUAAGCUGCCUUGAGCAUGGUUUGAGCUGUGGAAAAGCGACAUAAAACAAAAACUCUGUAUAUAUGGUGAUAAAUGUGUUAUUUUCAGUCUUCUUUUACCAAGAUUUAGCGAAGACAGUUAGUAUAAUACUGGUUCUUAACACAACUUAACUUUCUUAACACAAUUCAAGAAAUUAAAUAUAGGAUCUAAAUAAAUGCUUGUCUGAAACAUUUCACCAAUUGUUCCACCUCCUCUUCCAAUGUUUUAUUGCUUUUUUGCAUCUCUUCAAUAUUUAAGAGGAUAUGCUGCCAUAUGUGGAGAUACUAGGAUGUGUGAAAGAUAAGCUAAUGCCGCACAUGUGUGAGAAUGGAACAGCUGUGCAGAGAGGAAGGUUUUGGAUAUGUCUGUUUGAGAAAGAAUGGAAGUUCUUAACAGAGAGGGUUGGUGUAACUUGAAAGUUUGAGUUCUUCAUUUUGAAUAUGGAUUGGUCCUCUGACACAGUCUUAGUACUGCCUCUAUCCUUUCUAAUAGUACAGUGGACCCUUCAGAUAUGAACUUAUUUCGUUUUGGGGAUCUGUUCGCACCCCAAAAAUUACGUAAAUAGAGGCACGUUUCUGUGCACACGCAUCACGCAAUUGAGCGCUUCUGCGCAUGUGUGCGGCACGCAGAGUGCUUCUAUGCAUGCACGCACGGCGAAACCUGGACAUAAACACUUCCAGGGUUGCUGUGGCCGUAACCCGAAGAUUCUGUAUCCAGAGGAAUACAUAAGUAGAGGUAUGACUGUACCUGGUGGUCUGUCGCUAAUGCUUAAGAAAGCUUUAAUUGUGGCAGUAGUCACUGGUCUUGUUAUGAGCCUCUAUUGUUCUGGACCUUACUUGAUUGGCAAAAUGCAGGGAACUUUGGUUUGGCCUCUCUUUUGCCCAUGUGGUGUCUAACCCUGAGCACUUUGAUCUUGUCAUGACUGAUUGUGUGAUGUUUGAGCCAUGCGGCUCAGCAGAGAGAGCAGGAAACAACAAGCCAACCACAGAAGGGAGCGGAAGUGAAUCAGAUUUCUCAAGCAGCCUGAAAGUCUUGCAGAACAGUGUUAUAUUGUGAAGACCCAGGUGGCAAAGAAAGGAGGCCUUGAUAAUCUGCUUGUGAAGACUGGAGUGUUGUCAGACGAAAUGCAUUAAAAAUUGGAAAAUAAAUUAAUGGCAGUUUGUGAACUGCAGAGCUUUCGUAGGAAUGUCAAGGUGAACCAGAUUCCUGGGUUUUGCAGCUCAGGAUCAGACGUAUUGUUCCAAUGCAAGAGGCUGCAUUAGCUGUUUUUCCCCCCUUCCUAGGUAUCGUGAGGCGCCAACUUAAGCCAUAGCAGCAGGAUAGAAUUGGCCAACUCAAGGGAGUGAAGCUGCAGACCAUUGUGGGGGAAACGUAGAGUGAUGUUCCAAGCCAAGGGACCAGCCAGUACAGCCUCCGCUAAUGAGGCGAAGAGCAACUCAGGGGCAUCCAUCGUGCAGAGAUCCAAGUCUUUCAGCUUGAAGGCCCAGGUGAAGGAGACAUGCAGUGCCUGCCAGAAAACUGUUUAUCCCAUGGAGCGCCUCGUGGCCGAUAAAUUUGUCUUCCACAACAGCUGUUUCUGUUGCAAGCACUGCCACACCAAGCUCAGUUUGGGUAGCUAUGCAGCUCUACACGGGGAAUUCUUCUGUAAGCCACACUUCCAGCAGCUGUUCAAGAGCAAAGGCAACUAUGAUGAGGGCUUUGGGCGCAAGCAACACAAGCAACUCUGGCUGCAGAAAGAGGUGGAGAACGGGACCGAUACAGCAUGACGAAGCAGGCCCCAAUUUCCCCACUUUGAGAGCCUUGGUAUGGGGAUGAACUGAGCUGAUGGAAAGCAGUGGAGCUUGCAAGGGUUGCUGGGAGCAGGGAAAGCCAGGCAGAAAUAGAGUAUGGUUCCAGUGUUGUGGGAGCAAUGCUACCUGCGUAUCUGGGAACCCCAGACACUGUGCCCAUGGAGGGGUGAGAGUGGAGGAUCUUGAACAAAUCAUGUAAGAGCAGGCACACCAGGAUGCUGGUGGGGGACAGGGGUUGCAUGAAUGAAGCAACAGAUAUUGGGGCUUGUAUUUCCAGACUUCUUUAAUGUGAUUGCAUCUGUGAUAUAAGCUCCUGAGCAGGAGAGACCAAUGUUUACACCUUAUUUUGUACACCUUAUGGUGUACUACCAUGUGGCAUGCAAACUCUCCCCUCACUUGUCACACAUCUUGCAAACUCAGCUACAGAUCCCAUGAAACAGUCUAGAUUGGGGAAAUUGCCAGGUUACAAAUUCCUUUGCCAUAGAACCUUGGGCCAGAGAAACCUUUCCAACAGGCUUUAGUUAAUGCCUACUACAUCUUAUGUUUACAAUCCAAUCAAUCCCAUCCCAUCCAGUUAUGGAGCAGCAAAGGAGAAUGGCUCUAUUAAAAUAUCUGGUUGUCUGGAUAAACAGGAAUCCAACUUUUAAAGGAAAUUUUAUGAUGGGUCAGGGCACACAGUAAAUGCUGACUAUUAAUUUGGCCAAAAUGCAUUUCUACCUCUCCCUUUAUUUAAAACAUUCCCAGAUUAGCCUGUACUUCUUUUCCUGCUGAAGGACUGUUUGCUUCUGCUGCAGAGAUCACACUCAAAGAUAGUCCUGUGGGGAAAGAUAUGCAUGCUAAGAAAGCAUGGAAAGAGAACAUGCUGCUUUCCAGAGCAACCAGUUUUCUAUUGUGACAAAAGGGAGGGAGAAGCAAUCCUGGAGAAACAGAGGGCGAGUGUGGAGAUAGUGCAACAAUGACUGAAAUGUGCAUACCAAUAGAGUUUUGAACACAAAACAGGAAUUGGAUGGGAUUCCAAACCUUGCACCUUCAUUUUCAUCAGCUCGGUUCUGCCCAAACAUUUAGCCUUAAAUCCUGGGGAAGCAUUCAAUGUCUAUCUUUUAUAUUUGCCUUUUUCAGUGGUACGUGGUUAAGCUGAAGCACAAACUCGUGGUGUUGUGUCCAGAGUUGCGCUGUCUGCUGUCUUAUUUUUGUAAUAUAAGUUUUCUGAACCUUU